CCUCACAAAUGUGCAAUUUUAAUCACGAAUGUAUAAAUAUGGUUGUAAUUAACAUAGUUAGCUGGGCUGGACAGUCCAGUCCAGUGAUCAACACUGCCGUCGGUCAUUUUCCGACAGCUCAUUUAGCCGUAAUGAAUAAAAUCAAACAAUCCGUAGUAAUUCCAUAA